CACUGCCAGACGUUAGAGGUUGUUUUCGUCGUAGUAGUUGUUAUCCACUUUGGUGUUUUUUUUUUAAAUAAAUAAAAAAAAAUAUUUAAAUUUGCACAAAUAAGAAAGCAAAAAAAAUAUAUAAAAUGAAUGCUUUAAAAAAGUUGCCUACACGUUUGAUCGCUAAUGCCUUGCGUCAACAACAAUGUGCUAUGUCCUCUGGCAAUCCCGGUACACCCACUCCUUUGACACUUCUUACCGAAGAUGAAAUAAUGAUGAAGGAAGCUGUUGCCAAAGUGGCCCAGGAACAAGUUGCUCCUUUGGUAAAGAAAAUGGAUGAUCAGCACAAAUUUGAGCCAUCCGUAGUCCAAGCUAUGUUCGAUAACGGUUUCAUGGGUAUUGAAAUCGAUACUGAAUUGGGCGGUAGUGGUUGCAAGUUCUUGACCACCAUCCUGACAGUUGAAGAACUCUCUAAGGUUGAUCCUUCUGUUGCUGCUUUGGUUGAUAUUCACAACACUUUGGUGAACUCUUUGAUCAUCAAAGUAGCCACUGAGGAACAGAAAAAGAAAUAUUUACCCAAAUUGGCUCAAGAAUAUCCUGGCAGUUUCGCUUUGACUGAACCCGGUUCCGGCUCCGAUGCCUUCUCUUUGAAGACUGUUGCCAAAAAAGAUGGCGACCAUUAUGUGAUCAAUGGUUCCAAGAUGUGGAUCUCAAACUCUGAUUUGGCCGGUGUGUUUGUGGUAUUUGCCAAUGCCAAGCCCGAAGACGGUUAUCGCGGCAUCACCACCUUCUUCGUCGAUCGUGAUACACCUGGUCUGAUUAUCAACAAACCUGAAGAUAAAUUGGGCAUCCGUGCUUCCGGUACAUGCAUGCUUACCUUCGAUAAUGUUCGUAUUCCUGAAGAAAACUUGUUGGGUACCUUUGGCCAUGGCUACAAAUACGCUGCUGGAUUCUUAAAUGAAGGCCGUAUUGGUAUUGCUUCUCAGAUGAUUGGUUUGGCUCAAGGUUGUUUCGACCACACAAUGCCCUACUUGAUGGAACGUAAACAAUUCGGCUCUGAAAUCUACAACUUCCAAUCUAUGCAACAUCAAAUUGCCACCAUUGCCACAGAAAUUGAAGCUGCUCGUUUAUUGACCUACAAUGCUGCCCGUAUGGUCGAACAUGGUAUCCCAUUCGUUAAGGAGGCCGCCAUGGCUAAAUAUUAUGCUUCCGAGGUAGCUCAACGUGCCGCCAUCAAAUGCAUUGACUGGAUGGGUGGCGUUGGUUUCACUCGUGACUUCCCUCAAGAGAAAUACUACCGUGAUGUUAAGAUCGGUGCCAUCUAUGAAGGAACAACCAACAUGCAACUCAGCACCAUUGCCAAGUUGAUAAAGAAGGAUUACUCUUCUUAAGCAACGCUACUAACAAUUUCAAACUCAUUCUCGGUUCUACGCACCGGAAUGAUCCGAGUUCACUCGGCCUGGGCUGUCAAGUAAUUGACAGUGUCAAUUCAGAAAUCACUAUCACUGCACAACAAUAAAUAACAGUGAUAACAACUGUAAAUACUAGUUUUAACAACAAAAACAAAACAUUUGUUUUUCAAUUGUUGCAAAUUUUCAUCAUCGUAACAGAUACCAAGAGUGCAUUUAUUUUAAGUCAUUCGAUGAAAUAUACAUAACAUUUCAGUUGAAUGAUUUAUUUUUUUGUUUUUAUUAAUUUUAUAUGAAAUAGAAAUAUUUUGUAAUAUUUAAAAUUUAUAAAUAAUAGAUUUAUGUAUAAAUACAAUAAUACAAAAACAAUUAAUAUUUUUAAUAAAUUUAUUGAUAUAUUUUUUAAAAUUUAAAAGAGAA